CAAACUCCUAUAAAUACUGAACACAUGCAUCCUUAUUAGGAUAUGGUUGGGAGCAAUUUCCUUGUACUUUCCCUCCUCUCCACACUCAUCCCAUAUUUUCUCUUCUUUCUUCUUCUCUUUCUCCAUCUUUCACGCUCCAAUAUUUCUAGCCUAUUAAAAAAGAAAAAAACAAAUUAAAAAAUGGAACCCACAGAACAAGACCUCACAAGCAAAGAAGAAGAAAAUUUCUCCGACUAUCAAAACGGAAGUUAUGAGGCUCACGGCCACAAGCUCCGGCGGCACGACUCCUUGGACUUGGAGUCCGCCAAUAUCCCCCACCACCACCACGGCGGCGCCACCACGGCUUUAGGAUGGGCGGCGGUGGUCCAGCUGACGUUUCAGAGCCUCGGGGUUGUGUACGGCGACAUUGGGACAUCGCCGUUGUACGUUUAUUCGAGCAUUUUCACUGACGGGAUCAAACACAACGAUGAUAUUUUGGGAGUUUUGUCAUUGAUCUUCUACACAAUUACCUUAAUACCCUUGUGCAAGUAUGUGUUCAUCGUCCUGCGUGCCAACGACAAUGGUGAUGGAGGAACAUUUGCAUUGUAUUCCUUAAUAUGUCGGUAUGCAAAAGUGAGUUUAAUCCCGAGUCAAGAAGUUGAAGAUCAAAAUGUGUCCACUUUCCAACUCGAAUUGCCUAACGAUCGGACUCAGAGGGCCUCAAAGGUUAAGACGAAGCUGGAAAAUAGCAAUUUUGCAAAGUAUUUUUUGUUGUUUGCAACCAUGCUUGGAACUUCAAUGGUCAUUGGGGAUGGCGUGCUUACUCCCUGUAUUUCAGUAUUAUCUGCUGUGGGAGGGAUCAAGCAGGUUAAAUCUUCCACAACCCAAGAUGAGGUGGUCUGGAUAUCAGUUGGGAUCCUAAUUCUCCUUUUCAUAGUCCAAAGAUUUGGGACAGACAAAGUUGGCUACACUUUUGCUCCCAUAAUAUGUGUCUGGUUCUCUUUCAAUGCUGUAAUUGGUGUCUACAAUUUCAUCAAAUAUGACCCUUCUGUGGUCAAAGCUAUAAACCCCAAAUACAUUGUGGAUUAUUUCAAGAGGAACAAAGAUCAAGCUUGGAUUUCCCUUGGUGGUGUUGUUCUUGCUAUUACAGGAACCGAGGCGUUAUUUGCCGAUGUGGGACACUUUACGGUACAAUCAAUACAAAUAAGCAUGUGUAGCGUGACUUACCCUGCACUUGUACUGGCGUACACUGGGCAAGCUUCGUUUCUUCGUGAGAACAACAGUUCAGUUUCCGAAACAUUUUACGAGUCCAUCCCAGGUCCAUUUUACUGGCCGAUGUUUGUAGCGGCCGUGUUGGCGUCAAUCAUCGCGAGCCAAGCCAUGAUCUCUGGCACGUUUUCCAUAAUUCAACAAUCCCUUUCGCUCGGGUGCUUCCCGCGCGUCAAAAUCGUGCACACGUCUAAGAAGUAUCCGGGACAAGUUUACGUUCCAGAGAUCAAUUACCUACUCAUGAUAGCUUGCGUCUUCGUAACCAUCGGGUUUAAGACCACUACUAAGAUCGGCAAUGCUUACGGGAUUGCUGUCGUGUUCGUGAUGGCGCUUACAUCGGCAUUUUUAGUCCUAAUCAUGAUUGUGAUUUGGAAAACUCACAUCCUUCUCGUGAUUGCGUACGUUUUGAUCAUCGGCUCAGUUGAGUUGGUUUACUUGAGUUCGGUUCUCUACAAGUUUGAUCAAGGUGGGUACCUACCACUCGCGUUCGCCCUCUUCUUGAUGACCAUCAUGUUCGUGUGGAACUACGUCUACCGAAAGAAGUACCAUUUUGAACUCGACCACAAGCUAUCAGGCGAGGAGGUAAAGGGAAUUAUCGAGGACAUGGAUUCCCAUAGGCUCCCAGGCCUAGCAAUCUUCUACUCGGAGCUCGUUCACGGAAUCCCUCCAAUUUUCAAGCACUACGUGUCGAACGUGCCCGCCCUCCACUCGGUUUUGGUUUUCGUGUCCUUCAAGUCGUUGCCGAUUAGCCGAGUUCCGGUUGAGGAAAGGUUCCUUUUCCGGAGGGUUCCACCUAAGGAGCUUCAAGUGUUCCGUUGUGUCGUGCGUUACGGGUACAAGGAUGUGAGGAAUGAAGAAGAGCCCUUUGAGAGAUUGUUGUUUGAGAGAUUAAAGGAGUUCAUUAGGGAGGAUUAUUGGCACAAUGUGAGGCCAAUUGAACAUGUUGAUGGAGAUGGGGAGUUAUCUAGUGAGGGAGAGGUGCAUGGUGAGAUAGGUGGGGAAGGGGGUGAUUUGGCGGGAGAGAUCGGGGAUUUGGAUCGGGCGUGGCGGUUCGCGGUGGUGCAUAUGGUGGGGGAGCACGAGGUGGUGGCGGCGAAAGGGGCGAAUAUUGGGAAGAGGGUUUUGAUAGAUUAUGCCUACAAUUUCUUGAAGAAGAACUUGAGGCAGAGCAAUAGGGUGUUUGAUAUUCCUCAGAAGAGGAUGCUUAAAGUUGGGAUGACAUAUGAGCUUUGAUGAGUGUGAUUUUACCAAGAGUAUGUUUGAGAGAUUGUAACUUCUGAUUUCCUCUUUUGUUUUUCAUAAUUUGAAACUGCAGUAUAUAUGUUAGAAAUGCAUAUGUUGCUGGUGUGUAAACUGUAUGGGAUUCCAAUUCCUAUCUAUAAAUAAAUUAAAAAGUGCAUAUGAUUUGGAGGUUUUAUGUUGCAGAGAUUUGAUUGACAUGAGUUCAUAAAAAAUGAUGUGUAAAUGUAUAAUUUAUUGAUUUUCAAGAUAAUGCG